AGAGAGGUUAGUGUUUGUUUCUGUUCCGGGGGAGAAUGGCGCACGCGUGAUGGAGUGUGCUGAUGAUGAGGACUGUCCGCAGCCUCAAGCAGACAUUGACACACAGCAUAACAGGUUGAGCAUGUCUGUGUCCAAUCAACAUCUUCGGGAGCAACGUUGCCGUGGUGCCCUGAGAGAAUUCCAGCGAUGGCUCCUCCACGCCCGUUUGCACGCCACACGCUGCUCCGAUACGCCCCAAACCUCACAGCAGGCCGCACACACACUACAGCAGAUACAGGAGCUGCUGGAUGCUGGGGAGUUGGCACAGGUGAGACUAAACGAUCUGCUGAAUGUUGGGGAUCACCUGAGCGCUGAGUGGGCUGACGGGGCAGCGGGCAUCAGGAAGAAGGCGAACAGAGCUGUCGAGGACUGGCACACGCUCAGGACGGACCUACAGAAAAGACAAACAAGCUUAAAGAACCUCCAAUCAAAGAUGAGGGAUUUUGAGGCGAGGGCGAGGCCACUCCGUGAUUGGAUGAGAGCCACUGAGGUUCGAGUGCAGCAGAGUACGGUUGCAGCCAGCCUCCACGAUGUCCAGAGCAAGAGGCAACAACUCAACAAACUACAGGCGGUUCUGGAGGAAGGAGGCAGACGGGAGACAGGGUUCAGGCAGCUGAGGGACGUGGCGACUGGGGGGAGUGCCUUCACAUAUGAGGGGCAUCGAUUGGGUGCCCAGUACCAGGCGCUUAGCGACCUCACCAAGGAGAGGCUAUGCCGUAUGCAACGGGUGUGUGAGGAGCACCAGGUCUUCUCUGAAGGCCUUGAGGAUCUUCAGCGUUGGCUUAGUGAGGCAAAGGAGACACUUCAACUCUGCUCCACGCCAUCAUCAGAUACACACACGCUGCGGAGCAGAAUGGACACGCUCGAGGAGCUGUUGUGUGUGCGAGAGGUUAAGGAGCAGGAACUGAAGGUGCUGCUAGCGAGAGGAGAAUGUGUGUAUCGCAACACUUCACCAGAGGGUGCUACUGCACUACGCAAACGGACACACAAACUCAAGGACGCCUGGGACACACUCCUCACUUCCUGCAACACAUGCAAGAGUGGUCUGGAGGUGGCAUUGGUGGGUGUGUCCAGUGUGUCAGAGGGGGUGCGGCUGUUCCAGCGCUGGCUGCAGCGGAUUGAGGAGACACUGGAGAGCAGAACACACACACUGGACACGGAGAUGAGGGAUAAAACCACCAGCCUCCGAAGAGCCAAGCUUCUGUAUGAGGAUGUUCUGAGGCUCAGUGGAACUCUGGACACCAUCAUCUCCAAAGACUGUGGCCGGUCAGACAGCUCUACCCCUAGCAACACCUAUGAUGGACCUGACCCUACAUGCCCCGCCAACCUGCAGCCAUUCAUGGACAGAUACACCAACCUCAAGCACAAGGCCAAGGCGGCAGUGGAGUGUGCGGAGGAGCGUGUGUAUGUCCACCAGGAGUACCAGCGGGCACUUCACCAGUUUGAGGAGUGGAUGGAGGCGCAGCAGGAGAAACUAGAUCACUUCCUCAACACCACCUCCUCCUCAGGAGGCCUCAGUCACCUUCUCACCUCCUCAGAAGACCAAGAUCACCUCCUCACCUCCUCAGGAGACCAGAAGGAGAAACUAGAUCACCUCCUCGUUACCUCCUCCUUAGGCGACCUGCAACAUCUGGAGAAUGGCCUGCAGGAGCUACAGGUGCUGCGCUGUGCUUGCUCUGAGGGUUCUGUGCUGCUGAGUGCAGCUCUCUGCAGUCGAGAGCGUGUGCUGGGGGGCUCAGCAGUGGGUGCUGGUAGUCCAGAAGUGGAACCAUCAUCAUCCGGCCGGCGGGGACAGUGGACAAGUCAGACAAAAUGUACUGAUGUGAAGGGAGGCGGAAGUGCCGCAGUGGGUCCCUCAUUGGUGGAAGGGGGUACUAUAGUGGGGUCUUCAGUGGUGGAGGGGUCCACUGCUGUACUGAGGGGAUGCCCAGUGCUGGAGGAGAGGGUGCUGUGCAGUCUGCGGGCCCAGUGGUCGCGGUACCAGUCACAGCUGUCUGGGCUGUGGGAGGAGCUAGAAGGGAAAGCGGGCCGUCUCAGAACGCUGGACCUCCGCCUGAUCGGCCUGGAGGAGUGGCUUACGCAGAUGGAAGCAGUCAUGGACUCCACAAAAAAACAACAUGGCCGCUCUGACCUGCACACCAAACAACUGCAGUUGCAGACACUACAGCGAAGGCAGGCAGAAGCAUUGCGUUACCAGGGCGACAUGGACUCUUUGGUUGUCAUGGAGAUACACCGCAACAAGGAACUCAGCAGCAGGACCACACAGAUACAAACAAGCUACCUCACACUAUUGAAUACACUCACGGAGAGCAUUAAACUGCUGGAGUGUGACAUCAACACUAUAGAGGAGUUCCAUUCCGCCUCAGCCCGCUUCUCCAAUUGGCUGAAGACGGCACAGAGGAAUUUCCUGUCCAUCUCCUCAUCCAAUGAGGAUGCAGAUCUAGUGCCUAUGGAAGAGAGGCUCAGAUCACUGGAGGCGUUCCAUGAGGAGGUGCGUAAAGGUGGCUCUGAUCUCCUCAGUCAGCUACGUUGGCGUGGGGAGCGCGCAGCCGCUCUCCUCCUCUCCUCCUCCGGCGGUGUGGAGCGUUUAGAGGGGGAGGUGGAGGAGGCGCUGGCCCAACACGAGGAGCUGCUGAGGGGGCUGAGAGAAGAGCGUGCCUCCCUGGAGAGGAGGGUACAGCUCCAUAGGGAGGUGGGGGAGGAGGUGCAGGCAUUGAUGGCGUUCUUAGAGGAGGCCAGAAGAGAGUUGAAAGGAGGAGUGAAGAGGAUGGAGGAGUUAAGAGGACUGAAACACACAACACAGCUGCUUCACCGCAAAGCAAAGCUCAGCAGAUACAAGGCAACCCAGAAUGCAUUACGGUGUCGUGCAGCUGUCAUAGCUGCUGUGGUGGAUAAAGGGCGGGGCCUUACUAACCCCUCCCCCUCCCUCACACACCGACUGGAGAAGCUGCAAGACCAAUUCACACACCUGUGUUCCACGGCUGAUGCCCGUGUGGAUAGCGUGUGUGUUGAAGUGUGUGAGCAGGAGUGUUACCUGAAGGAGCUGCGACAGGUGGAGCGCUGGCUAAUGCAGACGGCUAGCAGGAUGCUAAUGCUACAGGAUGCUAAUGACCUUCAAAUGACCUCGGAUGACCUCAAUGUGACCUCAGAUGACCUCCCCGGGGACCCUGACCCUGCCAAAGGGCCGAGUCUCCAGCUGGCCAUACAGCAGCUCGCUCGACACAAGACCAUCAUGGAGGAGGUGGCUGGCUUUGAGGAGCGGUUGUCAGGGUUACGGGGGCGUGGCCAGGUGCUCCUAAGGGCCUGCGGAGGGGCGGAGUCACUCAAACAGGAAGUCCAACAUCAGCUGCAAGGAGCCACAGACAGCUAUUCGGCCAUUUGCAGCACUGCACACAGGGUCUACCAGAGUCUGGACGGUGAUCUCCAGAGGCGAGUGUGUGGUCAGGACAUUCUGCUUGUGUGUCAAUCCUGGAUCUCACACACACACACUCAGCUGCACUCUGCCGAGCACACACACACUCCACAUAGGCUACAGGAAGCUCUCUCUCAGCUAGCGGAUGCUAAGGCACUACAGGAGGAGGCGGCUACAUACCUGCAGCUGCUCUGCUCCAGCUGUGACCUAUCAGAUGAGGCCGUGAGGGAGACAGCCACACACAUCCAGCGCAUCAGAAUACAGGUGGAACAGCGUGUGGAGGGGGCAGGCCAUGAGGUGCAGUGGUGGGAGGAGUUUGUUGAGCGACGUGAGCAGCUAGCGAACCAGGUUCUAGAUCUGAAGCUCUGCCUUCGAGAGCUCAGCAGACGCCCCGCCCACCUGGAACUACCCUCAGCACAGAACACACUGGAGGAGAUACAGGCCCUCAUUGAGGAGACACGUCAGCAUCACGAUGAGGCGCACAGGCUGCAGGAGGAGUUGCAGGAGCUUAGGGGGAGUCAAGAGACAGUGGAGGAAGAGGAGAUGAUGGAAGAGGAGGAGAAGGAAGAGGAGGGGGUGAUGGAGGAGCAGAGGGAGGUGUAUCAGGAGCAGAAGGAAGUACGGAGGCUGCGGCAGGCGAGUGGGGAGCUGGAGCGCAGGGCCAGGCAGCUGCAGCAGGAGAGACAGGAGGAGGCGGAGAGAGGAGCAGAGCUGCAGCAGGUCAUCACCUCCUCCCAGGAGAUAUUGCAGAGGCUCUCCAGGGAGGAGGACCACCUGGCCAGGGUGGAGAUGGAGAGCAGUGCUGAGCACCUGGCUGCUCUGAGGAAGCUGCAGAGAGACCUGCAGGAGCAGAGGGAGGAGCAGGAGGAUCUGUUUGAGAGCAGGAGGGAGGUGAUGCCACGCCUGGCUAAGGAGGAGCGAGGGCUACUGCAGGCUCAGGCGGGGAGAGUGGAGGAGCGCUGGUCUCAGGAGGAGCAGGUAGGUCUGUUAAUAUUAAUGUUAGUGAUGCCAUACACAAUUUUUCUAAUAAUGUGA